AAUAAGACAACUAGACUUAGCUUUUAAGUAUUACUUACUAAAUCAUUUCCAAAUAAAACUGUUUAGAUGGAUUUUAACACACUUGUGUAAAACCAUAUGCCAUAACUUUCUACCGGGUACCGGGUAACUGGUAGAACAGGAAGAUAGUAUACACUCGAUUUCCCUCGUUCGCGUGCUGCGCAGUGUUGGCAACUUUCCGAAAAGUCCAACUUCUGUGAAAUCCAACUUCAGUGAAGGCUACCCGGUGCUGUAGCUGGAAUCAAGUGCAUGAUCUGUAUAUCUAUAGGCAACCUGCUGUAAUUCAGCCAAUAACAUAGCGAGUUACAAAUUCGGUAAUAGGACAGAAAACAGCGUCGAGUCGAAUUAUUUUAAAAUUCCUUCUCUAACAUGUCGAUUAGCCUCUAUUGCGCCUAAAGGUGUGUGUGUGUGUGUCAGGCAGUCUCUCUCUCUGUUGCCAAUCACCACUCCUACUUUGUUUCUCUGCAUGGAUGACAGAUAAUCAUCACAGUUCACUAUGAGGAGGAUGGCGAAGGAUCUGCAACCAGCGGAGCAACGGUCUGGGUGGAUCUCCAGUUGGCUUCCAUCCUGGUGUCCCACCUCCCUCUCUCAGCUGAAGGACGCAGAAGACAAAAUGCUCAAAUCUGUGAAGGCCCCAUUCUCCAGGCAGCAUGUCCGGAUAUCCAACGGCAACUAUCUCUGGACCUUAGCCUUCCCCUCUCACAUCAAGCCCCAUCCCUCUCUCCCACCCCAGCCUCAGCCAAAGCCCCAUCCCUCUCUCCCACACCAGCCUCAACCCCAUCCCUCUCUCCCACCCCAGCCUCAGCCCCAUCUCUCUCUCCCACCCCAGCCUCAGCCCCAUCCCUCUCUCCCACCCCAGCCUCAGCUCCAUCCCUCUCUCCCACCCCAGCCUCAACCCCAUCUCUCUCUCCCACCCCAGCCUCAGCCCAAGCCACAUAUCUCUCUACCACCCCAUAUCCAGCCCCAUCCCUCUUCUCCACAACCAUCUCUCCAGCCCCGUCCUCCCCUGGUGCUGCUCCAUGGGUUUGGGGGUGGUGUGGGUUUGUGGGCCCAGAACCUGGACUCUCUGUGUGGCAGUGGAGCCGUGUAUGCCCUGGAUCUUCUGGGGUUUGGACAGAGCAGCCGGCCCCUGUUCAGCGUGGACCCCCAGGGGGCAGAGGAGCAGUUCCUAGGGGCCCUGGAGGAGUGGAGGGACAGGGUGGGCCUGGAGGAGAUAGUCCUGCUGGGACACAACCUGGGAGGAUACCUGGCUGCUGCUUACACACUUACACACCCACACAGGGUAAAGCACUUGAUCCUGGUGGAGCCCUGGGGGAUCCCGGCCCGUCCAGAGAGUCUAGAUCAGGAGAAGUCUAUCCCAGUGUGGAUCAGAGCCAUGGGGGCUGUCAUGAGUCCCUUCAACCCCCUGGCUGGACUUAGACUGGCCGGACCACUGGGUCCUAUGUUGAUCCAGACCAUCAGGUCUGAUUUUAAACAGAAGUACUCUUCAGUGUUUGAUGACAACACCGUAUCAGACUACAUCUACCAUCUUAACGCACAGACACCAAGUGGUGAAACAGCGUUUAGGAACAUGACAGUACCAUAUGGUUGGGCUAAGAGACCAAUGUUAGAUCGUAUUGGACAGAUCCAACCAGACAUUCCAAUAUCCAUCAUCUAUGGGUCCCGAUCCAGUAUCGACAGCGACUCGGGAUACACUAUCCAGAAAAUCCGACCAGAUGUGGACAUCAUCGUGAUAAGGGGAGGAGGUCACUAUGUGUUUGCUGACCAGCCAGACGACUUCAAUCAGAACGUUCUUCACAUCCUGGCCAGGAUGGAGGGAGAUAAGGAGAAGAGGAGUGGUGUGGAUGAGAAGGAAGGGAAAUGAGGAGGUGAGAGGAGAAGAUUGAGGGUUAAAUAAAGAAUGGCAGAUGAGAAGGAGAGAAGAGACAGUAAAGGAGGGGGAGAAGGAGAGAGACAUGGAGGAGUUGUUACAACUUCUUGGCUCUGAGGAGUAGGAGGACGAUUGUUACGUUCAGACUUUGAACACACACUCACUGAGGACAUACUAGCGCUAGGCUGGUAUGCGAUGGUUAGAUCAUCAUUUUGUUUUAGGUUGAUAUGGGAGGGCUUGCUAAUGAUCUAUGCUGACAUAAGCUGCCGCUGGCCCAUGUUGACUCCAAUGCUUCCCACAGUUGUGUCAAGUUGGCUGGAUGUCCUAUGGGUGGUGGACCAUUCUUGAUACACACGGGAAACUGUUGAGUGUGAAAAACCCAGCAGGGUUGCAGUUAUUGACGCAAACCGGUGCGCCUGGCACCUACUACCAUAUUCCAUUCAACGGCACUUUAAUCUUUUGUCUUGCCCAUUCACGCUCUGAAUGGCACACAUACACAAUCCAUGUCUCAAUUGCCUCAAGGAUUUAAAAUCCUUCUUCAACCUGUAUCCUCCCCUUUAUCUACACUGAUUUAAAGUGGAUUUAACAAGUGACAUUAACAAGGGAUCAUGGCUUUCACCUGAUCAGUCUUAUGUUGUGGAAAGAGCAGGUGUUCAUAAUGUUUUGUACACUCAGUGUGUGGGCCGAUAUACGAUAUAUAUAUUACCUAUACUACAUCCACCUCUCAUCAGUAUGCCCCUGUACAGCCAGUGAAGGCAAUGUUGUGUAUAUCAUCUUUGUAAAGAAAUGUCAAAUGUAUUGUUUUCUUAAAUAUAGAAUAAUGUACAUGGAUGUUUUGCCUGUUGACAAAUGUCCAUAGUAUCAUGUCUCAAAGCUGUUACCAGUAUGCUAAAACUUUAUAUUCACAGAGUAAGCAAGGGAACAGAGAGACCCCCCCGAAAAAAAUCUAUUCUAGUAAACUGUUGAGCAAUGUUUUAAUGCUUGAGGAGGGAGAGUUGAUCCCAAAGGAGAAACUUGUUUUCUGUGGUGAACUAGUAUAAAGUUGACUGGGGUUUUUCUUUCUUAUUUGACACUUCACCCAUACUGUUGCCUAACUAACCUCCAUAGGCAGACUGGUCCAGUCUCCCGUCAUGUUUGAGACCGACUAUUUUGCAGUCCGCGACUACAAUGACCCUGUAUCCUAAAUAACUACUCAUUAUGAUUUAUAGAUCAGUCAGUUCCCUCUGAUGGUGAUCAAUAAUUAAGCAAAUUUGAUGCUCUUGAACAUGACCUCUCUCUACAGAGCCAGCUCUGCAAAUGUACCGCACAACAGGAUAAAGGAUAUUUUCAUCAAAAUAAUGUUCUUUAUGAUAUGAGGACUGGUAUGGAGGCCAUAUUAUUUACUAUAUGUUCGUAUUCUUCUCUUUUAUUUCUUAUUGUUGUUGUCGUUGUUGAGAAGGAACCUAUAAAUAAUGAUUCCAAUGGAAGGUCUAUACCGUGUGUAUCCUGUACAUACAACUAAUAAAACCAACUAUUGGAUGUUU